CUCGGCCCUUAUCUUUAUGCAGUCGAUUACUUAUUAGCAUUGUAUUAUUAUUGGCAGUACGCUUAUCAGUCUGCGAAGCUUAUCAGUCAAUGUUUGUGCCAUUGAAGACUGUGUGGCGGUGUUGGCGGCGCUUUGUAAUGCCAGUCGUAGCUCGCACUUUGCGGCGCUCUCAUGCCUUCAACUUGAUCUCAAGCCUCAAGUGAACUCGCGUGAUAUAUCCACUGAAACUCCAGAUCGAGCAGAUCGUUGCAAUUACUAUGGUCUUGUGAGUGCAGCCGGUACGAAAAGUAAUAAAGAUUGCGACGCCGGUGCAUGGAGUCAUCAAACUGUGAUAUACUAUUGUGAGCCUUCUUCUAGUUAGCUGCUCCCGUCAUACAAUACACACACAUAUGUGUAUGUAGUCGAUAUUAUAUAGUGCUGAGACAAUGGCGUUAAUAAACAGACGCCUGCUGCCCAUUAAGGCGCAUUUCUUCUUCUUUAUGGCGGCAAUGGGCCCCAUAUUGCCGCAGCUCUCGGUGAUAGGCAAACAGAUUGGCAUACCGCCAGAUAUAAUGGGCUAUAUAACGGCCGUCUUGCCGAUUCUGUAUGUGCUCGCUAAGCCUCUUGUUGGCUUCUUAGCUGAUUAUUUUUUGCACCUGCGCAAGUUCAUCUUUAUGACAUUGAUCGUGAUCAUGACCUUGGCUUAUGGCGGCUUUUACUUUCUGCCCAAUGCAGCGCACCCCAUUGAGCUGAACGAGACCAACGUUGAGUGGAAAGCAACAUUGACACAGGAGCCGCUCCACUGUCCGCCAGAGAUUUAUGCAGCUGAUGCUCACUGCCAGGUCGCACAUGAGGCUGAAUGCAGCCAGGGCAACUAUAGCUUUCAGACAUUGAUAGCGGCGCCUCAGUCGUUGGCAAGCUUGAAUCUGGAACCCAAUCUGCAAUAUGGCAACGAAAGCUAUUUCAUUUGUCUCACUGAAGUAACGAUGCCAAGUUAUUGGAGCAACACCUCCCUCACCUGCCGGCUGCGGCACAUCGAUAGCUGUGUCUACGGCAGUGGCGCGUUCUGGCUAUUUGUGGCUAUGCUGUUCAUUGGCACCAUCGGGUUCAAUGUGACCAAUUCCAUAUCGGAUGCCUGUUGCUUUGAUAUGCUGGGCGAGGAGGAGCAGAGUAAAUAUGGUGCCCAGCGCGUUUGGGGCACCAUUGGAUUUGGAGUCACAGCUCUAAUAGCUGGAGUUGUGGUCAAUCUGUGGACAACGGAUGCACUUAAGAGCUUUACGCCCGCCUUGAUUAUAAUGGGUGUGUUCAGUGUGCUGGAUUUAUUCAGCGUGUCCAAGCUAAAGUUGCCCAAAUUGGGCGGCUCCGAGUCCAUCUGGACAGAUGUCUGGCAGCUGGUGCGUCAGCCACCGAUUGUGACAUUCUUGCUGUUCGCCACAAUAGCGGGCAUUAUUGACUCCUUCAUAAUCUACUUUAUGUUCUGGCAUGUCGAAGAGGUGGCCGCCGAGACGGGCUACAUGGCGGACAUCAAACUUAUUGAAGGACUCGUAGUUGCUGCGGAAUGUCUGGCCGGCGAGGUGCCAUUUUUCUUCUACAGCGGAAAGAUUAUCAAGAAACUGGGCUAUGUGCACUGCAUGAGCAUGUGCUUCUUCUUCUAUGCAGUGCGCCUAUCGCUCAUCUCCUGGAUACCGAAUCCCUGGUAUCUGGUGGGCGUGGAGCUGUUCUUCCAGGGCGUAACCUAUGCUCUCUGCUACACUUGCAUAGUGGCCUAUGCCUCGGCAGUAGCGCCGCCUGGCACCUCGGCCACGGUGCAAGGUCUCAUGGCUGGCAUGGAUGAUGGCCUGGGCUUCUCCAUUGGCUCGCUCAUUGGGGGUAUUAUGUUUAAGAGGUUGGGCGGACGCGAAAGUUUCAAGUAUUUUGCCGUAGCUGCCAUUUGCACCUGCGUGGCCCACAUUGUUCUCCGUCCAUUGUCCAGGAAACAACAGUAUUUGCCUAAAGGUGAGUAUCAAUUGCCCCCAGGACAGGCGGAAAAUGAAUUGAUGCCCGUGACGCCACAGGAGAUGCCAAAAGUAUAUUAGUUUUAGUGCCCGUUUUGUAUUAUUGCAUACGAUUUUUUAUACAACUUUAUUUAAAAACGUGCUUCCCAGUUGAAUAGCA